AUGGCCGCGCCGGAGCCUCGAGGGCAGGAGAACGAGAAGAGGGCGCAAACAUCUCUGGCUGGCGCCCUGGGAGCGCAGCGCCCAGCUGGUCUCUGUCCUUUGCUUGCCGGAGGAGCCCAUACAACUCUGGCCUCGGGACCUCAGAACCCUCAAGAUGACAAGAAAUGGUGCUACCCAGCUCAAGCCUGGGCCUCGGACCCCGGACUUCUUCAAGUCCUUCUAGCUCUGACUCAAGAAUAUGCUGCACUUGGAACCACUAACCACCCGUCUCAGGAAUCGGCUGCGAAGGUAGAGCAAAGGACCAAGAUCGGCGACACCAGCACCACCGGACGCGAGCAGCUCCCGCGGCAGCACCUGCCCCCGCGGCGAUACCAUCUUGGCCGCGCCCCAGCGAGGGCUGGAGACCACCCCAGCCGCCCGCCCGGCACCACCACCCUCCUCCUCCUUCUUUUCAGACUUUCCUGUUUCCUUUCCCUCCUUUCCUUCUUUCUCUGUCCCUGGCUCAGCAGCUCAGCGUCCGGGACUCCGCGUCCCCCACAACCCCCUGAUUCAAUUUGCACUAUAAGUCGUUUGCACUGGUUUGGGGUCCUGGACCGCCCCGAGUCUCUGAGCGUGUGCGUGAGUGUGUGCGUGAGCGUGUGCGUGAGCCACUGCCGAGUGUGCCGGCCUCCUUGGGCCGGUGCCGCCCCAGCGCCCCCGCCCUCCGUCACUGGGGGUGCUGGGUGCGGCAGAGUGCAUGGGGCCCUGCCCCCCCCCUCGCCUAGUCUGGACGCUCCGCCCACCAGGAGCACCUAGCACUGCAUUGUGCACCAUCCUGCCUGUGUCCCUCCUCACCAGGCCUCACCAGAAGCCUGGCAUCAUCAAUAAAUCCGUUCCAGCA